AUAAUCAUUUGAAUAGAUUUUCGUCUUCGCAGUGCAAGAGUGUGCACCAGUUUUUGUCGUCUAGUGCGAAAAUAAGAUCCCGAAAAAAGUCUAUCAUCGCACCGAACUCCAGUCAGAAUGAUCGGGAAUCUAGCGAAAUUGUCCUACGUACGCGGAGUUUCCCAAUCAGUUGCCAGUGGUAUCAAGGCAGCUGCCGUACCCGUGAAAGUAGUUUCGGAGCCAACAGUCGCAGGUCCGACUCCUAUUGUUGCAAGCUCCCCGCUCUGUGAUCUGCCACGGAAUGUUGUCCGGGCAGUGUCCGGAGUUGCAGCUAUUGGGCAAAUUCGAUUGGCUCACACCGAUAUCCAGGUACCGGAUUUCUCCGAUUAUCGCCGCGAUGCAGUGAAGCGACCGAAUGCUAAGAACAAUUCGUCUGAUGAUCGUGCUGCGUUCACUUAUCUAAUGGUAGGAGGUGCCGUCGUGAGCACCGCUUAUGUUGCCAAAUCAAUGGUGGCAACUUUCGUAUCAUCGAUGAGUGCUUCGGCGGAUGUUUUAGCCAUGGCUAAAAUCGAAGUUAAGCUUUCCGAUAUCCCAGAGGGCAAAUCAGUUACUUUCAAAUGGCGUGGAAAACCAUUGUUUAUUCGGCACCGUACCCCGGCUGAAAUUUCUGCUGAACAGUCAGUCAAUACAGGAACUCUCCGGGAUCCACAAUCGGAUGCAGAUCGCGUUAAAAAUCCAGAAUGGCUAGUGGUCAUCGGUGUUUGCACUCAUCUUGGAUGCGUCCCAAUUGCAAACGCGGGCGAUUUCGGUGGAUAUUACUGUCCUUGCCAUGGAUCCCAUUACGAUGCAUCCGGUCGUAUUCGGAAGGGUCCAGCUCCACUGAAUCUGGAAGUCCCGCACUAUGAAUUCCCAGAAGAUGGUCUUGUUGUUGUUGGUUAAGCAAGUGAGUCUAUCAAACGAUUGCGGUUGAAUAAAGACUAGUAGAUGGAAAAGCUCUUUUUGCAAGUUAUACGCUGAUAUGUUUGAUAGACAAACACUGUUGAACUUGUCAGACAUUGAACGCAUUAGAAAAUCAUACUGAAUCGCAAACCAAAAUCAAUGAAAUAUGUAAUAAAGGUCCUAAAUCACUUCAAAUAA